AUGGACGACAUGGAUUCCCACCUUCACCCUGAGGCCUCAGCACCCCCUCUCGCCGUCCCUUCCCUCCCUUUCUCAGCCAUGUCCCCUUCCCCCCUCGGCACGCUGGCCCUCCCUCUUCCAUCGCCCGCCACACGACGCUCCAUCUCCAUGGGCGACUUCCGGCGGGUGACGAUGGCCUUGUACGGCUCGGAGCCCCCCUCGACAGCCACCACGGCCCCCUCCUCCAAGAUGGUGACCCCCAGCUCCAGCAUGGAGUUUGAGGCAGCCCGCCGGCGCCUGCUGGAGAUGGAGGAGCGCCAGCGUGUCAUCCAGGAGAUGGAGCGGCGCCUGGAGGAGCUCCGGGAGGUCUUCGUGCGCUCGGAGCAGGAGGCAGUGGAGCAUGGCGAGGUGGUUACCCGCAUCGCCUGCGCUGCCCAGCAGGGGGAGAUGUACACGGCUGAGAACAGCCAGCGGUUCAAGAAGGGCCUGCGCUUCAAGAAGCACCGGCCCACGAUCGUUUUCUCAUCCAUGCUAGGACUCCGCACGUGCCUGCCCUGGCCCGUCAAGCUCAAAUGA